AUGGUUGGUAGGCCAGUACCUAAUCAUGAAGUUAGAGUGGUUGAUAAUGGGAAACAUUGGUUUGAUGACAGUGAUUUUGAAGAUUUCCUUGCUGCUGCUGAUUCAGUGAAUCCUGAGUUAUUCCCUGAACCAGAAAAUGAAGUACAAGUUGUAGCUGAUGACAGAAUUGAUGAGGGGAUGGAAUUUCCUGACAAGACCGCUUUUAAGAAACAUCUCAGAAAAUAUUGUGUAUCUACUAGGAAAAUAUGCAGGAGGAUCCCUGGUGAGGCGACUUGGAGCAUAAGAGAUUUCCAAUUGCACCACACUUGUAUUGGGGAUCCUUAUGGGAGGAAUUCAUGUGAAAAUCCUGAAUUUGUAGCUCAACAUGUGAUCAACAAGCUUAGGGAGUCACAUGGCAAGACUGUACCCAAACCUUCUGAUAUUGCUGCCGAGUUUUGGACAAGCCACAACACCUUGAUCCCGUAUCACGUUGCAUGGAAGGCUAGAAACAAUGUGUUGGAGAGGAUAAACGGAAGCUUUUAUGAGAGUUUUAGACUCAUACCAAGUCUGUGUGAAAUAAUCAAAAAGACUAAUCCCGGAUCAAUUGCUACUUUCACUUAUGGAAGAAAUGUGGUUGGGCUGGAUGGAUGUCACCUGAAGGGAAAUUAUGGUGGCUGCUUACUAUCUGCCACUGCUCUUGAUGGGCAUAAUGGAUUGGUUCCUUUGGGUAUCAUGGUUUGUAGAAAUGAGUGUGCGGAGAACUGGUUCUUGUUCUUGAAUAAUCUCAAGCCUAGAUUGGCUGAUCAUCCCGUUGAGCCAAUCAACUUUAUAUCUGAUAGAGAGAAGGGUUUGAGAGAUGCUGUCCAAAAGUUGUUCCCUAGUUCACCACAUAGGUUCUGCUUCAGGCACAUGUAUGCAAACUUCAAAACGCACUACAAGGGAUCUAAACUGCACACACUUUUCUGGAAUGCUGCUAGAGCUUAUAAGCCUAAACACUUUCAGGCACACAUGAAUAGUAUGAUGUCAGAGAAUGUUAGUGCUUGUGAGUAUUUGAUGGGCGAGGAUCCUAAAAGAUGGUGCAGGGCCUUUUUUGACCACAAGAGCGCUUGUGAACACUUGAGUAACAACUUUUCUGAAAGUUUCAAUAACAUGAUAACCAACAUUAGGGAGAAACCUGUCUGCAAUCUAGUUUUGAUGUAUGGACAGCUGGUGAUGGGUCUGUUUUACAAGAGAAGAAAUGCUUGUGUUGGAUGGGAUUCCGGGGAUUUGGUUCCUACUGCCAAAAAUUACUGA